UCGGGUCGGCGGCUUGCCGCAUCACGGAAGAUGGCGGCCACAGCGGCUACGGUGAACGGGUCGACCACCGUCUCAAGCUCCGGACCCGCAGCCACCUCGGGCGGGAUCCUGCAGGCAGCGGCCGGCAUGUACGAGCAACUCAAGGACGAGUGGAACCGGAAGAGCCCGAACCUUAGUAAAUGUGGAGAAGAACUGGGCCGCCUGAAGUUGGUUCUGCUGGAGCUCAAUUUCCUGCCAACCACGGGGACCAAACUGACUAAACAGCAACUCAUUCUGGCCCGUGACAUUCUGGAGAUCGGGGCCCAGUGGAGCAUCCUGUGCAAAGACAUUCCCUCCUUCGAGCGCUACAUGGCCCAACUCAAAUGCUACUACUUUGAUUACAAAGAACAGCUUCCCGAGUCAGCCUAUAUGCACCAGCUCCUGGGCCUCAAUCUCCUCUUCCUGCUAUCUCAGAACCGAGUGGCUGAGUUCCACACAGAAUUAGAACGAUUACCUGCCAAGGACAUCCAGACCAAUGUCUACAUCAAAUACCCUGUGUCCCUCGAGCAAUACCUCAUGGAGGGUAGCUACAACAAGGUAUUCCUGGCUAAGGGGAACAUCCCUGCGGAAAGCUACACCUUCUUCAUUGACAUCCUGCUGGAUACCAUCAGGGAUGAAAUCGCAGGAUGCAUUGAGAAGGCCUAUGAGAAAAUCCUUUUUGCUGAGGCUACCCGGAUCCUCUUCUUCAGCACACCCAAAAAGAUGACAGACUAUGCCAAGAAGCGAGGUUGGGUGCUGGGCCCUAACAACUACUACAGCUUUGCCAGCCAGCAGCAGAAGCCAGAAGACAGCACCAUCCCCUCUACUGAACUGGCCAAACAAGUCAUCGAGUAUGCCCGGCAGCUGGAGAUGAUUGUCUGAGGCUUGAGCAGGGCGGUGGAUAUGGCUAGUCCAACAAACCUAGUAUAGGCUGGCCUUCAAUAAAGGCAGAUUAACCUC